AUGCAAAGCCCCGCCAUUGUACAUUACCGUUCUCUCCAAGCUGUUCCGCUCUUCAGUACCCCAGAGGCGUACGUAACGCCUUGGCCUUACAAUCGUCCCGAGGUUUCUUCUCAAAUGAUUGCCCCCACCCAUUUUCACGAGCGAAAUUAUCAACCCUUUUGCACUGAAUUCGCAGGUGUUUUCUCUUUUAAUGGUUUUGAUAGGAAUCGUGAAAAUGCACUUGAAACUAAAAUGGAAACCGGUCCCGAAAUACCUCCGAUUCUCGAUGGGAUAGCCGCCGUGGUUGGCCAGCACGUUCUGCUUGGUAACAAGACCAACCCCGCUGUGAAUCACCACAUCAACUGUGGCAAUCAACCAGGUUUCAUUUCGGUGUCACAACGUUUCGGGUCUAACAAAAGAGACAUGGGUAGUACGGUUUCAGUGCAGAAAAGCUACAGGGGAGUGAGGAAGAGGCCGUGGGGGAGGUGGUCAGCGGAGAUACGCGACCGUAUUGGGCGGUGCAGGCACUGGCUAGGCACGUUCGACACGGCGGAGGAAGCUGCGCGUGCUUAUGAUGCAGCGGCGAGGCGGCUGAGAGGGUCGAAAGCUAAGACCAACUUCGAAAUUCCAUCAGCCCUGUCGUCACAGUCCACCUCGUCGUCAUCUUCAGAUGCAAAGAAGAAGGUCAAAGGUAAAGCUAAAACCGAGAGAAAAUGCGCGGUGGUCACCUCCGUGGAUCAGCUGUUCAGUUAUGAUUGUAGCCUUGGUAGAACUGUAGGGACAGGGAAGUUGGAGUUGGGCGUUGAACGUAAUAGCAAGGCCAUUGCUUCAAAUACUUAA